GAACAAAAGAGGCAGGCCAAGCAACCAAGCAAGACACAUCCGAAGAUCUCAUUGGGUCAAUUCUGAUCCAUUAAUCUCAAUACCGGAUAAGGCGAUAAGGCCACGUGGCACAAACCCUUUCCCCCUCUCUCCUCUCCAAAACUAACCUCUUCUCUCUCCUCGCCAUCAGCUCCCCCGCCAUAACCAUGGCCUCAUCUACGCUCAUCACCCCGACCGCCACCAACCCCAAACCCCUUCCCCCCAUCAGGUCCAAAGUCUCCUCCCCCGCCACCUCCGCCACCGUCCCAGGCUGCGCCUCCAAUGCCACGUCAUCAGCAUACCCGCAGCCCCGCCGACGGGAGUUCCUGUCCCUUGCCGCCGGGAUGGCAGUCCUCUCCCCGGCACUGCUGCUCUCACCAGCCGUCCCUCCUGCGGCGGCCACCUCAGACGAGGAGUACGUGAAGGAGAGCGAGGUGGUGAUCAACAAGGUGAGGAACACCAUCAGCCUGGACAAGAACGACCCGAAUGUGGCCGACGCGGUGGCGGACCUCAGGGAGACCUCCAACUCGUGGGUGGCCAAGUACCGGCGGGAGAAGGCACUGCUGGGCCGGGCCUCGUUCCGAGACAUAUACUCGGCCCUGAAUGCGGUCUCUGGGCAUUACAUCAGUUUCGGGCCAACCACCCCGAUCCCAUCGAAGCGGAGGGCGAGGAUUUUGGAGGAGGUGGACACGGCAGAGAAGGCUCUACAAAGGGGAAGAUAAAAAGAAGGACAUAAGAGUACUAAAUCAUUGCGGAUCGAUCAGAAGGUUCUUUUUCCCGAUUCCACUUUAGACCUUUUAAUUUGUCGGACAUUAUGUCGUCCAAAUGUAUCCGAGAUCAAUACUAGGUUCACUUGGUAUGUGAAUUAUGAGAUGAGAUUUCGAGGCUAUGUUCUUCAUAUGGUUGAUUUUAUGCGUCGUCUUCCACUACAUUGUAAUGUAUAAUCACAUCGUAUCGAGAUAUUCUGACUCAACAUGUCUUCAUCUA